AUGGAGGCCAAGCGAUCCUCUACUCCGUCGACCCCCAAGUGCAGUAGUAACCCGUCUAAUUAUUUCCAAGGAAGUGACAACAAUUUAAAUAAAACCAGCAACGCUAUUCAAACUCCGCCGACGGAGAAUAUCGCAUCGACUCGAACGCCGAUCCCGUCGCAUGACAUGCAGAGUUCAUCGCAUGAUACCCACAACGUGUCACCUACACGCGAUCUGACAACCACGUUCGCAGCGUCAGCAUCGCAACAAUCUGGUUCAACGCCACCAAACGCCUUGAAUCAGACAAUCGCUCAAGAUCCUCUGAACCGGAAGAAGGAUAAAACCUCGCCAGGCGACAAGCCGUCGCAGUCAUGGAUCGCUACGAAUCCGUUACAGGAUGUGCAAUACCCUGUAACUGUAAUUCAUAACGUAGAGAGUAAUGGGUUAAAUCCCGUCAGUAACUCCAAAGCCAAUUUAAAGUCGAAACCCACGGUAGACUCUCCAGAAUCCACAACAAUCAAACGUUCCAGGAGCAGCUUUUCCUCGACCAGCACUUCGACGGUUAAUAACCUGUCCUGCACUGCGUCAUCUGUUCCACCUAACAUGAUUAUCACAUCGAAGAAUCUUUCUCCUGGACAGGAAGUGAAGACACCACCUACACCAUCGCCGAGAAUGGGCCACACCAGUGGCUGA